AUGAAAGAAGAAAAAAUAACGAAAAUUGCAUUUUUGCUUAUGGUGGCGCAGAUUUCUUUAGCCGUGGAAUUCGAAACAUUCGCAGCGUUCUCUAACCACAAACAAGGAAAAAGCAGGUACAAUGUUUAAAAAUCUUGAUUUGACGCAAAUUUCUCCUUCGUCUUUUAACGUUUUCGAGCAUUUCUGUCGAUUUUUUUUUAUACAUUCAUUUCCGGCUCCUAUACAACCUUCUAACCAAUUUCCGAUCCUAAAUCACAGAAAUGACGAGAAGACAGUCAACUGUUGUCCAAUUAUUGGUAAGUGAGUAAGCAAACUUUUUGAAAAAUAAUAAUAUGCCAGUGAAAGGGUUGUCGUCAUAUGAAAAGGUCUGUUAUCAUUAUUGUAGUUUGGCUGUCUUGCCAAGACUUGUUUGGUCAUACGGUGAAACUACAAUUAUAUUCUUCUCUUGCUUUAGAAACGGAAGUAAGAACUGCGAUUUGGCCUUAUGAAUUAAUGAAUAAAACGCCUCUGAAAGACACUCUUAUCAAUACUAUGCGCGAUGUUUUCUUAGGAAAAAUAGAAAUAAACAGCGAGCACCGUCUUAUAAGACAAAGGAAGGGGAAACACCUAUAAGCUCGAGCAUAACGCUUGAUUACGUCACGAGCGUAGAUUGACAAAAGGAUAAUGAAAGGUCAUUCAUUUAUUAUUGUUUCCUAUCUCUGCUUCACUGAAGGCGUGCUCGCUCAAGAAACGGAUGGAAAUGUGACGAAAUUCGGAAGUCAAUUAAUUGCAGCCACUUACGCCAAGUUUAUCGAGUCUGCAGGAGGGAGAAUGGUGCCUAUUUUGUAUCCUUUAUAAAUCUGGCCCUCUUGGAAUCAUGUAUUUGCUCAACCUCUUAAAGAUGUGACUUAACUUGACAUAACUUGCCUCUCCACCCGGGAGUAUAAAUGGAUACCGGCGAAUUAUCAGGGUAGCCUGAUUAUAACCGAGGUCAUGCAAAGAAUCGAGAGAUCCUUCCGAACACGAAGGAAGGAAUCCCCCCGACGGGGUCUUAAUACGAUAAGCUCCGAACUGUUUAUUUUUUUAAGAUUAUUUCAGAUAUAGCAGUUAUUCACGGACGUUUUCAUAAGUUUCCCUCAGAUUACUUACGAAAAGGUAGGCCUGUUUGGCCAAGUGCCUUUCGAGGCCGCUACUUAAUGGCGAAACUUAUUGUCAUACCGUUUCCCUGUGUGUAUAGUGUUUUUACGUUUCAUUACGAUAUGAGCUCCACUUAAAUAGAUAGAACAUUCUAUAUGAUUAGAUAAAAUGCUUUUUUUAAAUCAGUAGCAGCAUGGCUACGCAUAACAUGAUAAAUAACGGAACAUUCCGGAAUAUUCUGGAACAUGACCCUAUAGGGAAAGAAGCGUUCCUUGUGAACGUUUUAUAUUUAAAAAAAACUGGAAUAAAUUACAGCUGGAUAGGACUCUUGGCUCAAAUGCAAACUUUACCUUUUACUUAUACUCAUUUACUAUGAGUCCAUGAACCAUGAGCCCAUGAAAUAAUUUCCCCUGAAGGCCAUGGUUGCUAUUGUGCAAAAAAAAAAUGGAUGAGUCGGGAAAAGAACAUGGAAACCUUUCUCAAAGCUUUCUCCCUACAAAACUGACAACAUCUCUUUAAAUUCACAGAGGUUUCCAUGUUUGAUUUUCUUGUGGUCGUGUUGUCGGCUUGUUCAGGGGCGUUACACGUCAGUAUGCUUAACCGGGGAGACUUUCUGUAGUCUUUAUAACAUUCCCAGCGAUUUGUUGUAAAUGUGUGAUUCUUAACCCUUAAAUCAACAUCCUGCAGCAUUAACUCCACUGCUAAAGAAAUUGAAAAAUUAUUUUAUUCAAUUAAUGGGUAAGUAGAACGACAGUCAAAGCCGACCUCAAAAGAUGGAACCGGCAAAAUUCUUUACUAUUAAGGUAUUCUUUACGGUUACAAUAGAAAGACCGGAAACGUGGUAUGGUGUAAACGUCGAUUAAGACUAUCAUUUGUCACAAUGUUCGCUCUCGCUUGUUUCAAGGGCGUAGGCGAAAUUAAGAGAAGGGGGGAGGGUCUGCUUACAGCUUACGCCACUUUCUGAAAUAAUUAGGGUUUUUAUCAUUAUAGUUUUAUUAUUUUGAGGUCUACAAAAUUCACGUUUUAUGAAUCAGAUUUGCAAAAACGUGAAAAUCUUAAGAGUCUUUGUGGCGCAACUUUUCUCCGGUGUCAGAUACCCCAUUUGCUGGUCCCUCUCACUGCUUAAAUAUCAGUCCACUGAUACACAAUAUAGACCCGUGUUAUAAGCCACCUCAUGUAAGACACUCGGAAAUUCAUACCUGGGAUACCUCCCUUUGAAAAACCCUUGCUAUUGCGCUACGAACCUAUACUGCCUCAUCCCCACCCACCACCCCCCCUUCACCGGGCCACUUCUCAUCAUACAUUUCAUUUGUUCCUCAUUCUCGACUUAUUUUACUUUCGCUACUUUUCCUUGUCUAUGACUUUUACGUAUUUUAGUGCCAUAUAUCCCGGAGGUCAUAGGUUGUUACACCACACAAACUACACACGAGUAGGGAAACAGAUAUUAGAGCUGGCAAUGAAGGUAAAGUUUCAAAACCAAAUAAAUUAACUUCUACGGUGAUUUAGUGUUAUCAACUGAGUUGAUAGCGUGAAUCGGCCAUCGUAAAGAGUUUAAGAGCUUUUCAACUCUUUACGGUAGCCAAUUUACGUUAUUAACUCAGCUGAUAAUACUAAAUUACCCUGUUAUACUCUCCCACCGACGCAGCACCAAAGUUUCUUCAGAAACUUACCCUCUUUAUUCAGUAAACUUCCACAAUUCUUCCACUAACUCGCGCUGAAGUAUGUCACUUGUAGAUCAGUUUAGGUACCCUAAUCUCCUUCAGUGAGAGUGAUUAGUUAUUUAUAAUAUUUAUCAAGCAAUAGUUUUUGGAAGGAAGAAGCCUUAAAGAUAUGUCAGUGAAAUGCAGCCAUUUAUCAUCACCAAGCUGAAUGGAAUGAACAAAAAAAUGCUACUUUGUGAAAACGCAAAUUAACCUGUCAAUUAAAGAACUAAAUUGUGUCCCUGAACCACUAAGAAUGGCAGCCUAUGAUUUAUAUUUAGGCACUUUUGUUGGAAUCUACCCAAAUUCAUCUUAAAGCAAAUUCUCUCAGUACUAAAUUAAUACUAUUAUAUUCCUGUUAUUAUUAUUGUUAUUAUUAUUAUUAUUAUUAUUAUUAUCAUUAUUAUUAUCAUUAUUAUCAUUCUUAUUAUAUUCAUCACUAUUAUUAUUGUCAUCUAAUGAUUAAAAUACACGAUCCAAAUUUAUCAUUAUGAAAAAGAACCAAAUGGUGCACAAUUGCCAAGAACACAUCAUCUAAUUAAUAAUGAUAAAAUUAUUAUUAUUAUCUUUUUUUUGUCGUUACUGAUGAUGGUUAUUUUUGGAUCUACUCGCUCUUCGACCAUCUGUACCAAGUUAAUUACAAAAGGAUCCCAAUUGGCUGAUGGGUUUUACGGUAGUGGUUUAAAUUUUGGCAUUUUAAUGACUAAUGGUUAUCACAAAAUGACACAAAAUGACACAUUGUAAGAGAGUAAAAUAUUUUUACGGUUAACUUUUAUCACGACUAACGGUUAAAAUUUAUCAGUUUUUACGCAUAACGUUUAAAUUUUAUGACCGUUUCACGGCUAACGAUGAACUCCAUGGAGACCCUCUCAGAAAGUGAACAGCUUUUUAUUACAAAGUAUAACAAAUAUUUUUACAAAGUGCGACGAUUUUAUUACAAAGUACUUCAGGACAGAGGUAGACAUGCAAACCCUUACAGGAAAUUCAAUUUCGCUAUCAUUUCAGAAAAAAUGUCAUUCCAAUAUCGUUACACACAGAUUUCUUUUCCCCACUGCAGGCUUAUGAUAAAGGCGAUAUCUUUCCGAUCUGGGGAGAAUGUCUGGGCUUAGAGUUGCUUUCAAUGCUGGUUGCUGGGAGAGAUUUACGAGUGGGGCAACUGGACCACGAAUUUUUCAGCGAAGUCGAUGCAAAAAAUGUCAGCCUAAAAUUAAUUCUUCCAAGAAGUUGGUGAUGCAUCUGUUUUAUUAUUUAUAUUAACGAUCAUGUAGCCAAUUAGUAUUUCAACUCUGUUAUAGCAGUACCGCCACUGUUUUUGUUUAGUUUUGGUGGAUAACGCUUACCUGUAAGAUGGAUUCAGGUGAUGCAAUAACAUCUUUAGAAAAGAAUUCCAAAGACAUUCCGAAAUUUUAGUUUGUAGAAUAACCCUCCGGGCAUUUCAAAACUCUUCCUGUAAGCUUAAUGUUUUUGUAGUCAAACGAACCUUACUUAGCUCGCUUUCUGAUGGAUGACUGAGCACUGGACAUUGGCCCGAUGUUACAGGGAUCUUCAAACUGUACAGUUUAUCAAGAGGUUCUUCAUGGGGUCAACCUUUGGCCGUAAAGCAGCAACAAAAUUUACAGUCAGCCAUAAAAUGACAGGAAUCUUAAUUAUUAGCCGUAAAGGCCAUCACCCUUUUAUCAAAACAUUCGAUAGAUUAAAUUCGCAGCAAAGGGGCACUUGAAUCGUAAGAUCACAGUUCGGUUUAAGCUGUCAAAUAGACACAGAUGUGACCCUCUACUGAUACAAAUCAUUUUCGUUUUGCAGAUUAUAAAACAACUUCUCUAUGGAAAUUUGCUCCAAGACACGUUGUGAAAUUCUUACAAAAUAACAAUGCAGCAUACAACAAUCACAGGAAGGCCAUCACACUACAGGUUAGAUGAAAUUUUAUUUCUUCUAUCCUUGACGGAGGAAUCUAAGUUAUUAUUAUUAUUAUGAUGAUGAUUAUUAUUAUUAUUAUUGUCAUCAUAUUAUCGAUUUCUAUUUUGGCACAAUUCAUUGCGACAGUUUUAAGGGAACAGCCCGUUUAUUUUUUGCUUGGUGUUAGAGGGGGAUUUUGGGAUGGAUCACAUGGUUUUCAGGGAGUACGGAACGGGGAUCAGUCAUUGCCAAUUGCAACAUAGCACAUUGGGGAACUAUAGAAAAUUAACUGCACAAUAAUUGCUAAUAAGGAGGAGCAUAAGAAUAUUACAGUCAGCCUUCUAAGGAAAUAAGGUAAAUUUCAUUGUGACAUCAUCCAAUCCUUCCCCCCCCCCACCCCCUGACAAAAAUAUCAACCGGUCCCUAAACCGAAAAAAUUAUCGUAUUGUUAAUUUUGAGAUCUUUCCAAUAAGUUUUUUUUAGUGUUGGUGAUUCUGUAGAUGCGAAAAUAAGGACAAUAAAAAGAGAGAAGAACAGUAUUGAGAAGUUUUAGCAUCCAUUACAGGACCUCCAUGCUAAAGAACAACACCCACUAAACAGAGGGAGAGUUAACCUUAGCCUUGUGAUUUAACCCUUAAUCUGACCCCCCUAAGAGUGACCAGCAUCUGAUUUCUCCUUACAGUACAACCCCUGAAUCAAACAUUGAGGUCACGAGAAUAAAGGAAAUGAUCACCAACUUAAGAAGCUGUUGAUUGUAAAACAAAUUCUCCUUGUCAGCACCUGAAGAAAUGUAUAGCGAACAGUGAGGAGAAUAUGCAUACUAAUGAUAAGGUGUAAAGGGUUAUUAAGUCUUUACGCCCUCACUUGUUUCAGAUUAUACACUGACCCAUACUACUCUGUUCUUUUACGCCAGAAUUAUGGCAAGUACAGACGUCUAAAUGCUUUUUUCAGAAUCGUUUCAACCAGCAAAGAUCGCCACGGGGUUGAAUUUAUUUCAACUAUGGAAGGUAAGAACAAAAAGUAUAAGGAAUCUUAAAAAACAAACCCAAAUAUCAUAAGCUUCGUCUGGCUUCCUCGCUACAAUAGUUGACUCUUUUCAAGUUACAGUUUGUUCUGAAAAAAUUAUCAGUUCUAAAUUUCUUACUUGUAAUGUUUUUGUGCAAAUAGAAAAGAUAAAUAGGAAGAAUUCUUUUAUCAUAUACUUUUGGUGAUGGCAAGAGUCUAAUUGUAUUAUUUACAGGUAAGCGUUAUCCCGUCUACCUUUUCCACUGGCACCCGGCUAAAUCCCAGUUUGAAUGGCGCAGGGAUCUGGACAUUAAUCACUCGCUGGCCGAUGUUCUUUCAGGCCAGUAUUUUGCAAAUUUCCUAAUUCAAAAAGGUGAGCUUGGAAAAAGAUUUUAGUUCCUCUUCCAUAACAAAAAAUAGCUGAUAAUGUAAUGAUAAUCCAGUGCCAUUAUUGUUAUAAUGAUCCGCUGACCGAAAAAAAAACUCAGUAAUCAAAUUACACAAAACUAGUGGAUCAAAAUGCAGAGGCGGAACUAGAAAAAAAUAACAGAAAUUCAUGCAACGAUCUCUUCUAUUCAAAGCACGUGAUUCAAGGCGGAAAAAUGUUUCCCUACAUGCGGGGAUGAGAAUCAAAACAACACGUCACACAACAUGUCACAACCAACGAUGAACAACACCUGAACUUUUUGUUAUAUUUUGCUUGUUUUGCCUAUAAUUGAAAUGAGUUGGAAUCAUUGUUUAUUUCCUAUAGUGUGAUCGGUUAAUUUCGUUUAAGUGAUCCUGGUAACAGCAGUGAACUUAUGAGAGUGCUGCGAUCUAGACAUGUUCUAUUCUGACCUUGUAGUAUCAUGGAAGAAGAUACUUUAUUCAUUAACCCUUUAACUCCCUUUGGUGACCAAGACAGAAUUUCUCCUUACACUACCAAUACAAUAUCAAGCAGGCAAGUGCUGAGAAUAAAGAAAAUAUCAAUUAGAAGAUGAUUAGUUGAUCCAAUACCAAAUUCCCUAAACUAGCAUCAUAAGAAUCGUAUGGCAGACAGCAAGACAAAUUACUAAUAAUGAAAUCUAGGGAGGGAAAAGGUUAAUUAUGACAACAAUAGCUGUAAUGAUAGUAAUUCCUCUCUGUUGUCAGAGGAAGAGAUGGCUUCUUUAAUUUAUAACUACAAACCAACUGCUGUACAAGACUACUUGCCUUUUAUACAAGCUUACUUUUUUUAA